AAGAGUUCACUUCAUGUCAUCCGGUUCACCUCUUCUAUUUCAAGGUCGCAUUGAAAACAUUUUUUAUUACCUGUGCAGACGACGAUUCUCUUCUGUCAGUGGACGAACGUGGAAAUAUUUCCUCAAAAUAUCGUUUGCAAAAUCGUUCAAAGUUUGCUCCCAUCAUUUAACCUGGCGUCAAAAGAUAGCGUUGCCAUUGUUUUGGUCCAAAACUCCUUCGAUAUCCAUUUUGGGUUUAUGUACAGGACUGAUCCGAUAAUGGCAAGAGGAGAAGGCGAUACGGGUGUUCUAAGGAGUCACUUCGUGGAACGAGUGGUGAAACUGCCCAUGGUCCAUGUGGCAUGGGACUUUGCCUCCAACACAUACUCACAUAUAAAGGAAUCGAAUAAACUCGUUCAUUUCACUCUCAGUAGUGCCGAGAAGUCGGCUAUAUACAUGGUUGGACAAGCCAAGCCUGUUGUUCUCAAGUUCGAAAAACAAAUUCAGGCUGUUGACAGUCUAGCUUGCCUUGGCCUAGGCACUCUAGAAGAAAGAGUACCAUUGAUUAAAAAACCUGCACAGGAGAUUAUUAGCGACACGAGGAAAUUAUACACCGAUACUGUUUAUUCCCGAUUAGAAGGUAUCAAGAAGGUCGGCACCGACACUGCGAGGACCGCUGCCGAUUACGGACUGAAGCAGGCGACCUCCAUUUUUGGUGAACGAAUGGUGCAAUCUGUCCUCUCAACUGUCGACGGUGUCCUUGUGGUGACACAGAACUAUGUGGAUCACUACCUACCGCCAACAAAAGAUGAAAAGCUGGUCAAUGGAGAGAAGAAAGAUGAAGAGGAGCACUCCCCAUUGAAGCGCAUACAACAUCUCACAAAAACAGUCCAACAACGAACUUACAAAUCAGCCAUUUUAAAAGUUGAAUACCUUCAAGAGAAGAGCGUAGAUCUCUUCGUCAUUUACCCCUUCACAGUCGUUGAACUUACGAAAACAAACUUUGAAUCAGCCCUUCAGUAUGUUAAUAAACUAUGGUCCACUCUCCUUCAAGAAGGGUCUGACGAUGAGAAAGAUAACACUGAAAAAUCUCGAAUAGAGCAGCAACUUCUGCAUCUGGCAAGGCUUGUGAGUAGGCAGGUGGCUUCAACAUAUUCAUCGCUUGUCCCUGUUAGACUGACCAGACAACAAGAACCGGGGAUGAGUCCCGCUGUCAUCGAUGCUGCGACAGAAAGACUGCUAUGGGUGCUCGGCCUUCUAAAGUCAGUCCCACAGCUUCUACCUAUAUACGUCUUUGGAUUCAUGUCAUGGAUUAAUUCCCAAAAGAAAAGCUCUGAAGUGAAGAACGGUUCCAUACCUAAAACAAACAAUCACACCAAUCAUGUAAACAGCACACCUGAGGAACUCACCCACAGUGCUGAGCACAGUAGUGAUUCAUCAAUACCUGAAGAAGAAGAGGAAGAAUAAGAAAGCACAGAAUCAACUUAAUUCAUUUUAAGAUUUAUAUACAAAUAUAUUUUUGAAGCAGGACUACUUCAAAUGAAAACUACGCUGAUGAUGCGGUUUGGAAUAAUUCUCGAUCGAAUUUUUCCUUUUGAGUUAAAUCGUCUGUCACCGUACACUGUAAACGUAUACGGUGAUAGACGAGUUUCAUAACACUGUAUAUGUUGCGAUAUUAAAUGUAAAACGAAUAUGUAAUUUUUUUUAAAUAAAAAAUUAUAAUAUUUU